CUGACAGAGAGAGCCUCUCCUGUAACCUUUACCAACACAUGAGAACCUUUCAUAGCUACACCAUUCAUUCCUCAUUCAUCCAGUAUUAUCUAAAUAUUAUAUACGUGCGGGUUCAGUCUUUGGUGGCAGCUCUGCUCUUAAAUUCUUCUUCCGGGGAAAUGCUGCUGCUCUAAGUUAGCCGGAAGGUAGAGUAAGCUAUGCUAACAUUAGCAUGCUAACAGUGAGGUAAAGGUUUCCUUCAGUCAGAUUUAACAAAGUUCAGAGUGGACUCUUGUUCUGUUAUUGUCCCGGGACCUGUCUUAUAUAAAUACAAAUAUAACAGUAAUGCCAGAAACACCAUAAAUGUUAGUACAAACAUACGGAACCCACUAGAGAAGGCAGUGAAACUUCACAUUAAGAGCCUCCAUGUCACCCAAAAAUCAUCAGAAAAACAAGAGCUCAGGCUCUUUAUGGGCCGACUGAUAACAAUCCACGUGUUCAGUAAGUUCUGUCGAUAUUUGUCGGUUUUUCUGCUGAACUUUACCACCAUGAGAACACUUUUAACCCGAAUCAUAACCCGGAUUAUGCUGACGGAGCCGUUCACACCAGCGAUGGGGAUUGAAGCAGGAAUACACACGGAGGGCCGACGGAGACUGGUGGUGGGGCUGGGUAACCCGGGGAUGGAGAGUACCAGACACAGCGUGGGCAUGGCGGUGCUUGGCGCCCUCGCCACCCGGCUUGGCGUGGCUGACUGUUGGCGCGGCGACAAGCACGUGUCCGGUGAGGUCAUCGUGUCGGAGGUGCAGCAGACUUCUGUGGUGCUGCUCCGUCCCAGGCUGCUCAUGAACAUCAACGGCGUGUGUGUGGCUAAAGCAGCUCGUAAAUAUGGAAUCAGCCCUGAAGACAUCCUGCUGGUCCACGACGACCUCGACAAACCUUUGGGGAAAAUCGCCCUCAAACACGGAGGAAGUGCCAGGGGUCAUAAUGGAGUCCGCUCCUGUAUCGACUGUCUGCAGACUGAUGUGAUGCCCAGACUCCGCGUCGGGAUCGGCCGGCCUGCAGACAGAAGCUCCGUGGAGCGUCACGUCCUCGGGCGGUUCUCCUCUGAGCAGAAGGCAGUUCUGGACUCUGUUCUGGUCCAGAGUGUGGACCUCCUCCUCUCCCAGCUCUCACCCAAAGACUCUAAACAGGAUUCUCAGAGCCCCUCCUCACCUGCAGGGGGCAGACAAACAGCAGAGAAGAGGAUGGAGAGGAAGAGCGCUGAGACUCCAGCUGAGAACUCUGCUGCUGCUCAGAGCUGAACCAAUAAGAAGAGGAGAAAACGUUGACUUUAACACAGACUGAAUCAUUUCUGAGACCUUUUUAUCCUACAGUUCAAUCAGGGAAAAGAAAUAUGAGAGAGGAGGGGCAGAAGUGAAGUGAGAUACCACUACCUCUCCAAGCAAAGCAGCAAAAACAUCUGUUUGAAAUUACUGGAAAGAUAAAUCACUCAGCUGAAUGUCAAAAAAGCAGGAAGUAUCAAUGACUGGCAGUAAUGAGGGUGUUUUUAAAUCAUGUUUGUUGGAAUUCUGAUCAGCAGUGGUGCCUUCAAAAGUCACGGCUCCAGUGUUCCUGGAAAGUAAAAGAAACUCUUCGUCUUUAUGCUAGGAGGUAAACCUGCUGAAGCAAGAUAAAGGACAAACUAUCAUGCACAAAUAUCCCAGGCUUCUUUAUCAUUAGAGCAGGGACUUUUGAGUAGUAAAGUAAGGAAGAGAAGCGAGCUAAACUCUAAGCUCCACUUAACUGUCCAUGUGAAUGUCCAGGAUAACAUCAAGAAAAGAACAGGAGAGCUUUCACAGUGGUCCUUCGCUCUAUUUAAAUAAAGUCUACAG